AUGGUCGAAUUCAUGGCUGAAGUCGGACAAGAAUUACAUCUUACAGUCAAACCAUCUACACCAACAAGUGGGAAACGAAAAUCUUCUAGUCGGUUGAGUUUGUUUCAUUCAACUGCUAGGAAAUCACGAGCAUCUGCUGGUGAUUUAAAUUUACCCACCCCUAAUGGUGCUUUGACCUCGCUAACUGAUGGAUCUUCUUCAGACUUACACGACACACCGAUGCGUGCUAAACUCGAAAAAAGGCAGCAUCGUAUUUUCGAAUUUUUUGUGACAGAACGAAACUAUGUUGAGAUUCUACGUUAUUUGUGCUUGAGCGCUUAUCCACAAGUUAUCGACGAAAAUCAACCAGGUGGACCUGUUUUGCCGCGACAGGAAGCUGAUUUCGUGUUUGGCAAGCUUGGUGCUAUUUAUGAACUACAUGAUCGUUUACAACCUCAGUUUAAUGAGCUGGAAAAUAAUUGGUCGUUAUCUGAAAGUUGUCUUGGGAAUGUACUUCAGCUUAGUUUGUUGACUGAAAUGGAUAGAGUAAGUAUUUAA